UUAUUACAAAGUCUAUGAAUAAAUUUGACAUGGUAUCAAAUGUAUGUACAUGAAUGUAUUUGAAUGCACUAAAAAACUGUGUAAAUUUAUGUUUGGCAUUUUGACAUUUAUUUUAUAAAUGUGCGAUGUCUAGAAGAUUUUCUAAAUAUAAUUAGAAUUUAAAUAAAUUAGAAUUUAAAUAAUAAAACUAAAUUACAUUAUAUUAAAUAAAAUAAUAGAUUAAUAGGUUAAGAAAGUUUUUUCUUAAUUUAAUGCUUCUAUGACGCCUGGUUAAGAAAGAUUAAGAAAAGGAUUGCCGCAAAUUUGGCGACGAUAAUUCGUAGUCGCUUCUUCAUACAUUUAAAGCAUGCUUUUAUGUCAAACUUGCACGAAACAUGUCAGAUGCUUUUGAGGAAAUACAAGCGAUCAAGAUAAAGAGGAACAGUUACCGUGAGAAAUUACAGAAGAGGAAACGUGAGAGGCAUGAGUUGCUCACUUCUACACCAAUUCCAUCCACCUUAACGGCAGAGUCUGCAUGCCCUGAUUCCAAUGCGUCUUCACGUUCCGAUCACAAUGAAUACGAGAGAGACGUGCUGUGCAUCUUGCACGAGUCUUUACCUAGUCUACCGAUAACAUCUGCGGACCUGAUUGAUCAGCUACGUAAAAACCUCAAUGCCGACGUAUCUUCCACAGACAUUCAUAAGAUUCUAGAAAAGCUUGCUGCGCAAGAUAUAGUUAAGAUCAAGGAAGUCACGGAGAAUGGAGUAUUUGGAUACACAGUGCUGUCUGUCACGGAAUCGCAAUCGUCUUGUCAGUCGCAAUCUGACGACACGGAGAUCGCCGAGAGCAUCGAGACGUCCGAGUUGAACGAUCAUGCGCCUUCGGAGAAACAAACGAAGGUGGACAAGAAGAAUACCGAGGACAUCAUGUCUCUGAUCUCGAUGCCGACUAUCAGAGAGAAGGAGAGCAAGAAGGUCGGCGAGCAGAUCCUGGACCUGCUGUCGAAACAGACUUCCAAGGAGAAAUCCCUGGCGGAACGGUUCCGCUCUCAGGGGGGCGCCCAAGUCAUGGAGUUUUGUCCGCACGGUACUAGAGUGGAUUGCGUGAAACUGAACGGCGGCCCCGGAUUCGCGGAGAAGUGCAAGAAACUGCAUUUCAAGAAAAUCAUACAGAGUCACACGGACGAGUCUCUGGGGGACUGCAGUUUCCUCAAUACGUGCUUCCACAUGGACACCUGCAAAUAUGUUCAUUAUGAAGUGGACGGUCCUACCGCCCAGCCGAAAGAGACCAACGACUCCGACAGUCCGAGCAAUGCCGCACCUAACAAAGCGCUGAGUUUGGACAACAAGAACGGCAGCGGUAGCAGCAGUAACGUGGGAAGCGAGUUAACUUUAUACCCGCCGCAGUGGAUUCAGUGCGAUUUGCGUUACCUCGAUAUGACUGUCCUCGGUAAAUUCGCCGUGAUCAUGGCCGACCCACCUUGGGACAUCCACAUGGAACUACCGUAUGGUACCAUGUCGGACGAUGAGAUGAGGCAACUGGGGAUCCCGGCGCUCCAGGAUGAGGGACUUUUAUUUCUCUGGGUGACUGGCAGAGCCAUGGAGCUGGGAAGGGAAUGCUUGCAGCUGUGGGGUUACGAAAGGGUCGACGAGAUCAUCUGGGUGAAGACGAAUCAGCUGCAGAGGAUAAUACGCACCGGUAGGACGGGUCAUUGGCUGAAUCACGGCAAGGAGCACUGUCUGGUCGGUAUGAAGGGCAAUCCGCGCAUCAAUCGGGGGCUGGAUAGCGACGUGAUAGUCGCCGAGGUUCGCGCCACCAGUCAUAAGCCCGACGAAAUCUAUGGCAUCAUCGAGCGCAUGAGCCCUGGCACCAGGAAGAUCGAACUGUUCGGUCGACCGCAUAACGUGCAGCCGAACUGGAUCACGUUAGGCAAUCAGGUGGAUGGUGUGCAUCUCGUCGACCCGCAGCUCAUCAAAGCGUUCAAGAAACGUUAUCCCGAUGGAAAUUCGAUGAAACCUACAAAACCGUGAAAUUGUCUUGGAAAACUAUGUAAAGAAUAGUUCGAAAUUCUCGAGAAAAUUGAAUUAAAAUUACUGAAUUUUAAUUACUGAUUAAAAAAAAUUAAAACAAUUACU